GCAUCAGCUUCUUCUAGCGAACAGAAAUGGUUAUAUAAGCAAAUAAAUAAAUAUUACUCUGCUUGAUUAGAGCGAAUUUGUCCGCCUGCUCCCGUUAUUUUUUGAACAAAGUAGAAAUUUUGAGAAUGUAUAAUUCCAAAAUUGUAUAGUUUUUUAGGUUAUCUUGACGACAUCUCCAUUGUAGGAGGCACUGCUGCGCCCAACUGACGCAAUUUUUUUCACUGGAAGGGUUUUUUUAAUGGAAACAUGCCCCUAUUUUUUUUUUAAGUUGAUUACAAACAUUUUAACGUGAUAUGCCCAACGGUGAAAAAAAAAUAAAUGCAGAUCAUAAACGAAGCAGCAAAAUAUAGAUAUCGCAGUGGCGACCAAUUUGAUUGCGGCAAAUUGACCAUACGAGCGCCAUGCGGAGCAGUCGGGCACGGAGCUCUGUAUCAUUCACAAAGUCCCGAAGCUUACUUUGCUCACACUCCUGGUCUCAAGGUCGUAGUACCGAGAGGACCAAUAAAAGCCAAAGGGCUUCUUCUAAGCUGUAUACGAGACCCGGACCCGUGUAUAGUUUUUGAACCCAAAACUCUUUAUAGGGCGGCGAUCGAACAGGUACCAGAUACCGAUUUCCAGUUGCCAAUCGGCAAAGCAGACGUUCUGGUUCAAGGCAGUGAUAUUACUCUCAUCGGAUGGGGGACUCAAGUUCAUGUCCUGAAAGAAGUCGCAGAUAUCCUGCGGGACGAGUUUAAGGUGUCCGCUGAGGUUAUCGAUCUGGUGUCGAUUUUACCUUGGGAUCGCGACACCGUUUGCAAGUCGGCCACCAAAACCGGAAGAGUGGUUAUAGCUCACGAGGCGCCGUUAACUUCAGGAUUUGGGGCGGAACUGGCGGCAACGAUUCAGGAAGAGUGCUUCUUGAAACUCCAAGCGCCUGUAUCUAGAGUCACCGGUCCUGAUACGCCCUUCCCUCAUGUGUUCGAACCCUUCUAUUUGCCCACCAAAUGGCGCUGCGUGGAUGCAGCUUUAAAAUUGCUCAACUAUUAGGAAAUUUAUUGUUUUUUUUUUUGCGUUACCUCGAAAAAUUUGUGAAUGAAUACAAAGAAAUGUUGUUGUUGCUCUCGGCUGUUUUUGUAACGCAAGUAUCUACAUCCGCAUGGUAAUUGUUGGUUAUUAAGUUAAUGACAUAUUUCGUCGAUAUCGAAAACCUUCAUUAAUACCCUAUGUGAAUCACAAACCUUAGACUACCUGUUCCAAUCACAAUUUAAGAUUCUUUACUGAGUCAUUCCAUGUUGACCGUUUCAAAAAAUAAAAAGUUCGGUGCUUUCGGUUUACCUUUUACAUCUGCUGAUAUCGUGCCCUUGCGGGAUUUUUAUGCCGAGUCAAGUGACCGGACAAGGUCGCUAAUAUAUCGAACGAUUUGUUUGUGAGCAAAAAAAAUAAUGCGUAAAUAUGCAUGUACGAGUAAAAGUUGAAACACAGUUUUUUAGCGUAGGUAUCGCCGACAAAAUUUGCGCAAUUCUUUUACGAAUGGCACAAAUUUAUAAGAGCGACGUUGUGUGGCGCGUUUUUGCUUAAUGCUUAUUUACAUUUUGUCGUAAUUUUUGUUACCACGACGAUCCAAACUACAAUUUUAUUUCAAAAUGUGAAACUCGUAUUUUUAGAAAACGAUUUUUUAUUUAUAACACAAGUAACACAAUUCUUACUACGGCAAAGCGACUUCAAGACUGUCCUAUCUUAUGAUUAGCGCGCGUAUUUAUAUAAUUAAAGCUGCUGAAUAAGCAUAUGUCUCGUAUUACUAUUCUUUAUUAACAUAAGUGGCCAUACUGAGAUGGACCAUUUAAUAUGCGCGUGCGCGGUAAUUUGAAAUCUCGUUAUCAACUAAUAACUAGCCUAACUAACCAAUAUAACUAGCGGCGUUCAGCAAACAACAUGGCCGCCGACAGUUCUUCAAUUAUACAAGUUUCAGUUUAGAUGUAGCAUUUUUACCGCAGUAUUUUCUUAAAAUAUGCCCGAAUCUCGUUGAAUAUUCUGGGAGAAUUACUUGAGUGUGAAGAAAAAAGCCCAAAAUGCAAGUUAGUGGUGAAAACAUGCCUAAAAGCCUAUUUUUAUGCAAUUUGUUGCGGUGACUACGUAACUUGUAUAACAAUGAAGCAAUUUCGGGCGAAAAGUUGCACUGACUUGGUAAUUUUUGUAGCAGUUUCUUUCUAACUAACUAAAAAUUUAAAUUAUUAAGAAUUACGUAAGGGCAAGUUAAUUUUUUUGCAUUAUUAUGAUCUUCUUUUCUUUUUUUUUUCAAAGAAACUCCCACAGGCUACUUCUGGAUUCCUCCUGUGUCGGUUUUUGCUGAGUCGAAAUUGCUGACGUUUCUCCAAUCAUCUUGUUGGCUUCUUCAGAGAUUGACUGAAACUGAAAAAAAACUUAUGAUCUUCAUUUGGAUGAGAUAUCUCGGAAAAUCAAUAUAGAGUGAGUUCAGUAACUUGUUGGUCGCUGCAACCUUGAUUUUAUUUGUCGAGAAUCCCAACCCAUGCAACAAACUGCAGCAACUAGAAAAGGUAUCAAGUCGUAGCUUUAAAUCGCAGCAAUUUAUUGCAACUUCAACAUCAGGCUGAACUAUGAGAAAAUACCAGAGUUGUCCGAACGCAUUAAUUUUAAUAGGGCCACUAUAUUAUCUAACAGCUAGAUGCUACGGCAAACAGCCAAAUAUUUAGCUAUUUAGCUAAUGUAAAAUAAUCAGUAUAUAUUUUCUUACCAAUGCUAAUAAUACAGCAAAACUUGUUUUCAAACCAUACGAACUGUUAUUCGAAUUCUCACUUACCAAUAAGAAUCAACGUGGCCGCCAACAAUUACUGAAUUCACCAGUUUUCAAUUUGGAUAUGGAUCAUAACCGCCUGGGGCGCAUACAUUCUGCAGUAUUUUCGGCCCCUAUAUUAAUUAAUAUUUAAAUAUAUUUUUUUAAAUUGUUUUCAUUUGCAAAAAUUUCAAACUUGAGAAACUCUUUUCAAACUAUGUUUCGUUGAGAUACUGUACUUAAUCGUUCAUUGUAACGGAGGCAGUGCAAAAUCUCUUUCUCCAGACGAAAUUUAUUUUCAGUAAUUGGUUCAUUGUUCAUUAUUUUUAAUAUAAUUAAAUCCAGUGGCGGCUCAUGGGACAGAUUUUAAGGCGGAAAAAAAGUUAUUUUAACCAAAAACGGAGAAUUAUUAAUUUUCUUAAUUAUUUGUUCAUUACAAAUUUCAAGCAUGCCCUUAAAUAUCGAAUAAUUUCUUGGGUGUUCAUUUUCACUAUAUUCAUUAUAUAUUUACACAAUAAACAGAAUCUAAUUGAGCCCUAAUAACGCAAAUUCCGUUCAAUUACGAAUGUGGCUUUUAGAAUUUUUAUAUCUUUAUUUUCAAACUUAAUGCUCUGGUUAUUCCAAUUUUACUUUCGCGUUCGACGGCAUUUCCAUUGUAUUUUUUUAUCAUUAUGACGGUGGGAAUGCGAAAUAUGAUUCUUUUUGUAAGAUAAAUGAAAAUAUUUUUUAUACUAUUUAAUUACUGUAAAUUUUGGAGCUCUGCAGAACUGUAGCGCACAUAAAAUAUUAAACACUGUUUCUAUAUUUUGUAAGCAACGUCAAAUACGUCAAUUUUAAGGCGACGGUGGG